CUGAGCGGAGCUGGGGCCUAGGGAGGAGGCUGGGGCCUUGGUUACGGGCACCCGCGAUCUCUGAUGCCCUCAGCACGGCCAGGUGGAGCUCUGGGGGACAGGCAGAGGUCUCCACGCUCCCCAGUCUCAAGAGUCCAGGAAUCCCGUCUCUGAUAAGAGCCCCUGCCCUGAGCCAAGCGUUUCUCUCCACCGUCUGGCUUACCCUCAGCCCAGUCCUGGGCAGCAAUAGGCUUGUCUUCACGCUGCAGAUGGAGAAACUGAGGCUGAGAGAGGUGAUGUCACUUGCCUAAGGUCACACAGCAGCUUUGGCAGGAGUGGAACCCAGGCCAGCCUGGCUCCAGAGCCUCUGCCCUUCUCUGCUUGCGCCUAUGUCUUAGCCAACAUUCUGGCAUUUGACCCCAUCAAUAACUUUUUGAAAGACGUGGUGUUCUCAUCAUCCCAUUCUUGUUCGAUGAGUGAGAAAGCCAAGGCCCGAAAGGGGAGUGCCUGGCCACGGUCACAUGGCAGAUCUGAAGCCAGAGUCCCCAGGGAUGACUGGGUCACUCCAGGAGGCUGGGACUCAACCACAGGUGCUUGUUGAGCUUCCCCCUCCCCCAGCCUGUUCUGGCCCUCCCCCCUGAGCUGGGAAGGCCAGCCUCCCCCUGGGCGCGUCUGUGGCAUGAUCCGGGGUGGGGGAGGGGCUCUGCCUACCUGUCUACCUGAUGGCUUCCCCCCACCCCCGUGACUUACAGUCCCUCUGCCCCUGGGCCAGAGGUUCCUGGCAGCCACUGUGGCUCUGGCCCAGCAUUUGGAGCCAAGACAAAGGGAUGUGGCUGCUGGAGGCCACCUCUACCCUUUCCCUCCCUCCUGGCCUCCCGCCUGGGCUGUUCCUGAGCCUCGCUGUGCUCUGGGCCCUGGAGAGGAGGCAGACACUGCCUCUUGAAAGGUCAGGCCUUGUCCCAAAGGCAGAUGCUGAACAUGGAUCCUGGGUCCAAGGCAGAGGGCAGCUUGAAACCUGAAUUCAAGUCUCUCAGCGCCCAGGCCAGGCUUCCCGCAGGCCCCUAUAGCAGGAGAGGAAUGGGAAACCAGGGGUCUGCGCCUGCUCCAGCAGGCCCAGCUGGGGAAGAGGCUGGGUUCCAGUCCUGGCCGUGGUAUUCUCUUGCUGUGUGUGACCGUGGGCACAUCCCUGCCCUCUCAGGGCUUUCUCCUUCUGUGCCUUGCGGCUUACCUGGCUCCAGGAACCUCUGAGUUCAAUGCCUGGGCUGGGCCCUUGGAGAGGGUUGCAGCCCAGGGGGACAGAAAGUGGGAGAUGACACAGCCUGCCCAGCCCUGCCCUGGAAGCUCUUGUGCUCGGGCUCUCGAUGCUACUGCAAGCCCAGCCACUUGAGGCAGAAGAGGAGACCCGGUCCCUGUCCUCAGCGGUGUCUAGACCCUGGUAGAGAGAAGACUGGCAAUCCCAGGUGACCCGCUGACCCCUGCACGCAGUGGGGCAGGAGGUGGCCUGGUGGGCAGGGGCCUUGAGGGGCUUGGCGGCUGGAGCAGGGCUGCAGGGUCUCCUGGGGGAGGGCGGCUGAGAGCCAGCGGUUCCUCUUGCUACAGGAAGCUGGGCAGCAGGGGGACCUAUCUCCUCUGACUUCCUGUCCUGUGGGUCUUCCUCUUCCCCUUUGGGGAAAGCGUCGGUGACCCUCCCUGACCUGUCUCGCUGUCCACCUGUUUCCACACCCCAGCCUCCUGGGUUCCAAGCUCUCAGGCCAGUACCCAGGUCUGUGCUUCUCAGCACCUCAUUCCCGCCCUGGGAGACUUGGGAUCAUCUUAGGCAUCUCCAAGGGCACUUCUCGCUCUUCACAGUCUGUGGGACCCGAAAGACCGUUUGGGAAGAUGGGGACAGUCGCCGGGCCAGAAGAUACUUUGUAUCUUCCCAUGUGGCUGGGUCUUACCAAUGCCACUGAACAGAUGUGGAGGCUGAGGUUCAGGGCAGGAAUUCCCUGUGCAGUCAGAGCACUGGAAGGAGGCAGGAUCAGAACUUGGGCCCCUGAGACUCCAAGGCCAGCAUCUCCUCGCUCCCUGGGCCUGCCUGUUAGCACCACGGGGCCCUUCCCUUCCCCGGAGCCGGUGGCUCAGAACCUACCCCUCUCUCCUGCCAUGGUCUCCCCAUGCUGUGUCACUGUGGAAAGGCAUCCUGGAGGGGACCCAGCUAAGCAAGAGCCAGUCGUUUCUGUGUGACCUGGGGGUCACGGCACCUUUCAACAUCAGUCUCAUCUGUGGUGGCAGAGGCAGGAGUUAAUGGGUUUUAGGGGUUGUUUUCCAUGAAGGUAGGUGCAGGCUGGGCCUCUGCCCUCUCUGGGGCUCAGUUUCCCCAUCUCUACAGGCCGUUUCUGGGCAGGUGGUUUGCGGAGGCUGUCCCGGCCUUAGGCCGUGGGAAGAGCGUCUGUACUGCUGGACACAGAGUAAGGACGGAGAGCCAAGGCCUUGCCAGUCUCUGCCAUCCGAGAGGUCCCUAGAUGGGGUUUCUGAACUCAGGCCGAUGCCCGGAGAACCCCGGGCUGCCUCUAGCCCUGGCUGGCUCUGGGGCGGGUAGGGGAAGCGCUCACAGAGCUGUCCUGGGGGACAGGCUCCCAGAGGCAGAGCCCCGGGCGGCCAGGGUCUGGACCUUCAGGGGACGGAGAUCAGAGACGAGGAAGGUCAGAGGUGGCCGAAGGCUUUAGGGACAGCUUCCCAGGUGCCUGGCCUGGCCCGAGGCCUUAGGGGAGCGUAGAGGGCCAGGGUCCCGGCGUGUGGCCUUGGGGCAGUUGCUGCCCCGCCUCAGCUUCCUUAUCAGCACCUUUGAAUAGCAGUGCCGCCCUCCCCACCCUCUCCAUUCAUUCAUUCAUCUUAUCGCCACCUCUCUGCGGGCCCUGGGCCAGAGCUAAGGACAAAGAGGGCAGUCAAACUCAAGCCGAGUGUGACCAAAAUCAAUCAACAAACGAACAAAUAGACUUCUUAAGAAAACCCAGGAGUCCCCACUGUGUCUCAGCAGGUGAAGAACCUGACCGCAGUGCUCCGGGAUCUGUGGUGGCAUAGAUUCGAUCCCUGGCCCAGCUCAGUGGGUUAAGGAUCUGCCUUGGAACUCGAGGGCUGGUGGUGUUUAGACAGCUAGACCAAGGUCCUAGGAUUUGGGGCCUAGAGGUCCUAAGAUACCAGGGGAGGGUUUUAUUUUUAUUUAUUUUUAUUUUCGUUUUGGGCCUUGCCCGUGGCAUGCAGAAGUUCCUGGGCCAGGGACUGAACCCAUACUAUAGCAGCCACCCGAGCCACUGCAGUGACAACCCCAGAUCCGUAACCCACUGAGCCACCAGGAAACUGCAGGGAAGGGUUUUAGACAGGGUGAGCGGUAGGAGGAAGAUGCUGCUGUGUGUGUCUGGACAGACAUGCCAAGGCCUGUGCUAAGGCAGGGCCCGUGGGGAAUGGAGCAAGAGAUUGCUCCAGAGAGAUUUAGGAGGCAUAAGGGGGCAGAUGCUGGUUUCAGCAUGACUCUGUGCGGCGCACAAGCUCAGGUGCAGGCAGGGGUGUAGGACGGCGGGGAUGCGCGGUGCCCGGGGCUGAGAAACCGUUGGGGUGGGGAGGGUGCCUCCCGUCAGGGUCCAUGCUGAGGCUGGCAGAGCCCUCAGCCCCCAGCCUGGCUCUGUGCCUCCGUGACCAGCUCCCCAGGCUCUGGCUUUGAAACUUUAACGAGCCCCAGCUCAGUUUCCAGCCGAGAGUCUUUAAAGUUUCAGGAGAUGAGAGGAAGGAGGCAGUCCUGGAGACAGAUGGGUUUCCUUUCUUCGCCUGCGUCUCCAUGCCUGGCUGGGCCACCUGGAACCACGGCUCUGGGCCGCAUGACCCCAGAGGCCGCGCGCUCUUUAGGGAUCUGGGACCUCUCCAGCUGUCCCUGAGGGGUCAGUGGCCGUGAGAUGGAUGCGAUAGAAACUCUAUUUCGGCCCUGCGCCCUUACCUUUGACCUGGGCAGGUGAAAGUCCCGCCCCCCACAAGCGGGAGGAAGGAGCUCAGCCAGGCAUGGGGCUUGAGAUGUCUCCCUCCCUGGGCCUCUUUUUAUCCCUUCAGGCCUGGCUUGGUUUGGCCUCCGUGCUCCAGGACCCCUGGAGCUGCAGACACCCAGGUAGUGGAAGAAAGCAGGCGGCCCAGAGCUUAGUGGUGGGACCCAUAUCAAGUACAGACUUUCCCCCUGUUGUCAAGGAGAGCCUGGGCAGGGGGCACAGGGCAGCUGGAGCUGUUCUCUGGGCUUCGGCAUAACCGUCGCCUCCCUGCCUCCCAGCCCGGCUCCCUGUAGGCAGCCACUUGCUACCUCUGGCCUCUCUCUAGAAUCCUUUUGUUCUGAGGCAGGUGAAGAGCGCCUGCUCGUUUAUGGCAGGUGCCCCUCCUCCUGGGCCCUGGGCAGAGGGGUAAAUACUGCCUUUGGUCUUCUCAGCAUCGCCGGAGCCAUUUACUCCCAUCCUUUGAGCUUCCUGUCACAACCCGCGUCCAGCCUUGGUUUCCAGGGAGCCCUCUCUACCACCUCUUAGGCGCCCCUCUCUCUGUUUCUGGACCCUUCCAGGUUGCCUGGGACCUGGUACAGGGCCAGGGAAGUGAUGGGUCUUAAGGCAGAGCCUGACAGCCAGAGGGGAUGAGUUCCCCUGUGUCUCCAACCUUCAGUAGUUCCACACGUAUUUCUUGUGCACGUCCCAAUGCCAGGAGCAUCCAGGGAUCGAGUGGCAACCCUGCUGUCAUGGGUUUACGUCCCCAGGGGAGAGCAGUAAACAGGAGCAAACGGCAGAAGCAGACGGUGGCUGUGUGUCAUGAGGACGGGGUGCUGGGAUGGGAGUUGUCUGGCCGUCUGCAUUUGGGCCUUCUGUGUGUGUGGAGCCGGACUGUGGCUGAGGGUGUGUGUGUCUGGGUCCUUGGUUGGGUGUCCUGUAUUGAAUGUGUGUGUGUGUGUGUGUGUGUACACGUGUCUAAGGUUGUGUGUCUGUGCCUCUGAGUGUGAGACUCUGUGUGUUUCUGUGUCUGGCAUUACUCUGCGUGUGAGUCACACCCCCUCACUGCAGCAGAGUUGUCUCUGAUCCAAUUCUGUCUCCUCAGCUGUCUCCCCCGCCUGGCGCUCAGCUCUGGCUCCUCUGCUUCCCUCCAGCCCCUGCCUUUGCCUCUGGGCCUGUCCCUGGGUCCCAGAGUCUCCCCAGGGGGUGUUUUCCCGCCCUGUCUCUGAUGGUUACCGCCUCAGCCCGUAUGUCACUACUUGUCCCUUUUCCUCCUUUUGUUCCCCCGUCCUGGUUAUUUAUUUGUUCGACGAACCUCUUCUCAUGCCUCCCACCCUCUAUGCCAGCCACUGUGCUGGAGCAGUGACCUGGCGAUGAAUCAACCCAGGCCCUGCUCUCAAGGCCUGGAGGGGAGACUGAUGGAGGUGGCGACAGCCUUUCACGCGGACUCAGGCCGAGGGAGGCCAGUGGCUGACAGCAUGGUGGGGGACAGUGUGUCUUGAGUGGGACCUGGAGCCCAGCGGGAGUCGGGUGGCAGGCUGAGAAGAUCUUGGGGUGAGUGGACUAAGGGUGAGGAAGGGCUGGCGGCAGAACCAGAGUAGGGAGGAUUCGUUUUUUUUUCUUUUUUAUGGCCACACCCCAGGCGCAUGGAUGUUCCUGGGCCAGAGAUUGAAUCUGAGCCACAUCUGUGACCUACGCUGCAGCUGCAGCAACACCAAAUCCUUUAACCCACUGUGACAGGCUGGCGAUGAAACCUCUGCUUCCGCAGUGACCCAAGUCGCUGCAGUCAGAUUCUUAACCCCAUGCGCCACAGUAGGAACUCCAGGGAGGAUGUUUUGGAGUUAGGAUUUGAUCCUGAACGCGGAGAGAGGCAGCAGAGGCUUUCGAGUUGGGCAGUCUCAGUAUCACUAGGUUUUAGAAAGCUCCCUGCUGCAGGUGACAGAUUGGCCUGGAACCCAGGACACCAGUGAUGAUGUGGAAGCUGCAGCCCUGCAAGCAAUGACAGUGAGGCCUGCCUGGAGUUGGCAAAGAGGAGCAGGGGGAGGUGACGGCUGUGUGGAAUCCCAGGCUCCAGGCACAGGAGGCGUGGAGCCGGGUGGGCCUUGAGGGUGGAUUAUACCACUGUAAUGGACAUGGUGAGUGGGAGCCUGUGGGCCGGUCCAGUGGGUGAUGCCAGGAGGCUGUUGAAGAUGCAGUCUCGGAGUUCCCACUGGGGUGCAGUAGGUUAAGAAGGAGACUGUAGCACUUGGGUUGCCGUGGUAGUGCAGAUUCGAUCCCUGGCCCCUUGCAGUGGGUUAGAGGAUCUGGUGUUGCUGCUGCUGCAGUAUAGGUCGAGGCUGUGACUCAGAUUCAGUCCCUGGCCUGGGAACUUCUGUAUGUCACAGGUGUGGCCCUAAAAAUAAAAACAAUUAAAAAAUUAAAAAAAAAAAAAGAUGCUGUCUGGAGCUUCCUAGAGAGCUUUGGGGGCCUCAGGCCACUGGCAGUCCCUAAAGUCCUGGGAGCGCAGAAGCAGAUGUGUGUGUCAGCCUCGGCCUCAGCUUGUUCGUGGCCUUCCCGACCCCCUUUCUCCUCCUGCAGGCCCACCCCUCUUUGCUGUCUUUCUCAGCUCUCCGCCCUCUGUCUGGCUCUCCUGCCUCCCCUGGGGCUGGAGCAGAGUGGCAGGAGCUCCGGACCAGGAGGUCAGCCUCUGAGAGGUCAGAACUGCAGAGCUGAGGCCUGAGGGGUGGGCUGUCCAGAGAGGCUGCAGGAGGCGGGGCAGAGGCAGGAGAGGCUGAGUCACCCAGCCCCGGGGGAGGAGCAGCAGCAGAGCCUGGCCGGCUGAGCAGACUCUGGGGGAGACAUGGCAGUACGUCCACCCAGCACCAGCCUCGGGGGCCACCUUUGGAGAGAAGAUGGCUUGAGGGUCCCCUUCUCCUCAGUGGAGAGGAGGGCCUCAGGGCUGGUCUAGUCGUUUGGCAGGUGAAAACUCUGAGCCCAAAGGUCGGGGAAGGAGACCCGGCGAUGGGCCCACAGCCACCUGCUCUCUGUGUCCUUCCAGCCCCCCUUCUCCAGGCGGAGCUGCCCCAACUGCCUCAGCGUCUGGCAUGGAGCCCCCAGAGCGUCCUUAUCUGGCCACGCACUGGCCGGCCUGGGACAGAGCAGAGCCUGGUUCUUAGGCCACAGCCUCAGGGGUGGACUGCUGCUCAGCCGGUUCCACCAUGGUUCUUCAUUUUCUCCUCUCGGCCACCAUUUACAAAUGGGCAGAAAUCCCUCUUCCCAGGAAAUUGAGAGGAUGGAAUGAGAGGAAUUGGCAAGGACCGUAGCACAGAGACUGGCACAGAGCUGGCGCCCUGGUAACGUUUGCCGUGGGUGGAUGCAUGAAGAGUCUGAGGUACCCAAGGGACAGCUCCGUCUGCUCCCAUCCUGUGCACUCGCUUACCUCUGGAACCACAGGAGCCCUCGCCUUCCCCCAGCCCGUCCAGGCUGUUUCCAGUCCCAGGCUCAGACCAGCACCUCUGCCAGGACGCCCUUCCCUCCCGACAUCUGGGUACCGUCUGCUCUUCCACUCAUCCUGUAGGACCCCUCCCUGUACCUGUGUCCUUCUGUUCCCUCUGUCCCUGCUCUGACCCCCGAGGGUUUUUUAUGCCUGUGCCCUGGCCAGGGGUGAGCGCUCCAGCUCCACCAGCAGCACGUCCAGACCACACGAAGUAUUUCCGAGGGAACUCAGCCUCAGCCUGGGUGGCCUCAAGCUCAUCUCAGCUGAGUCCAGGCUUCCAGGUCCAGGAAAGGAGGACAGGGGCCUCUGGACAACACUCUUAACCUAGGGGAAACCAAAGUCUGAUUUCUUUGUCUUAUAUAAACUCUACUGUACGAAGAGUAACAGGAAUUCCAAAAUGAUAAAUCACUCAGAGCCUCUAUUCCUGAGUAAAACCUUUCCUUGGUUCCUUCCAGCUCUCAUUCAAGGGUGUGGAUAAUUUAUACACAAUUUAGACCAUGGCACAGAUACAAGUUUGUGUCCUCUUUUGUUCAUAUAACAUUGCAUCUGUAGACGUUUCUCAUAUUGCUACAGAGUUAUUAAUUCACCAACAUUUCCUGCAGCUGCACCCUGCCAGUCCUGCUCUGGGUUCUGGGGGGGCCCUGCACCUGCCGUGGGAGCCCAAAGUCCUCUGUCGCUGGGCGGCAGCCUUCAAGUGCCGGAUGGAGUGUCGCGAUGUGCCAGCGGAGACGCUCUACGACGUCCUCCACGACAUUGAAUACCGGAAGAAGUGGGACAGCAACGUCAUUGAGACUUUCGACAUUGCCCGCUUGACAGUCAACGCUGACGUGGGCUAUUACUCCUGGAGGUGUCCAAAGCCCCUGAAGAACCGUGACGUCAUCACCCUCCGCUCCUGGCUCCCCAUGGGCACUGAUUACAUCAUCAUGAACUACUCAGUCAAACAUCCUAAAUACCCGCCUCGGAAAGACUUGGUCCGAGCUGUGUCCAUCCAGACGGGCUACCUCAUCCAGAGCACGGGGCCCAAGAGCUGCGUCAUCACCUACCUGGCCCAGGUGGACCCCAAAGGCUCCUUACCCAAGUGGGUGGUGAAUAAAUCUUCUCAGUUCCUGGCUCCCAAGGCCAUGAAGAAGAUGUACAAGGCGUGCGUCAAGUACCCGGAGUGGAAGCAGAAGCAUCAGCCGCACUUCAAGCCAUGGCUGCACCCGGAGCAGAGCCCGUUGCCCAGCCUGGCGCUGUCGGAGUUGUCGGUGCAGCACGCGGACUCGCUGGAGAACAUCGACGAGAGCGCCGUGGCAGAGAGCCGAGAGGAGCGCGCGGGCGGCGCGGGCGGCGAGGGCAGUGACGACGACACGUCGCUCACCUGAGCGGGGCACCACGGCAGGGACCGAGACACGACGGGGCGGAGCCCGGGGCGGCGGAUCCUCCCGCGCUUUCUCCCCCCCCCUCCCCCGCGCCUCCCGGGGACGCUGGGUUUGGGCCCAGGCUGGCGCUGCGGCCCGGCUGGACACGGCCCCAAUAAACGAUCCCACAGCCUCA